AUAGCAUGUGUACACCCAUUAAUCUGGCAUGUAGCUCUCUCUUAAAUUGUGACAAUUCUUUCAAAGAUAUCUUAUCUGAUAUCAAUCAAACGAGAAAACAAUCUCAGGACCUACAAAACCAGAUCCUAACACAGCAACAUUGUUCUUCAUCACCUCUGUCUUUGGCUAGAUCAUCUAACUUAAUAGAACCUUUAUAUUCUGUUAGUAACAAUUUCAAAACAUCACCUGAAAAUCUGACUUCUGAAUGUUGUACCGGAAACGUUGAAGUUCCUUCUUUUGAAACCCGUCCCAUAUCACCCAACAGUUCAUUCUGUGGUUAUCAGCUUUUAAGAAAUUUAUGCAAUGGAUCCAGUUACCAGCCAUCAAGUUCUGAACCCUCUGGAGAUGAUUAUUAUAUACUUUCUGACACAGUAGAAAUGGACACCAAAUUUCCUUUAACUUCUCAGUCAAUAAUAGUGCCAGUACUAAGCAGUAGUCUUAACUCUGUACCAAUUCCUUUGAAUGAUUAUAAUGUUUUACAGCCAUAUAAACCUCACACCAGUAUCACUUCUUCCAGAUUGAGUUUAGGAACAUUUUCUGCUCUGGAAAGAGGCACAUUAACAGAAAAGUAUGUAAAUGUUUCAGAUACAACUCCAACAUUGACUUCUACAGUAACUGGUGAAAAAAGUAUAAACCCUACUUCUACAAAUAUUUAUUCUCCUGCAAAUGAAUCACAUGUUCUGUGGGAAAAAAUGCCUUCUGAUUUUCCUUUUAACUCACUCACAUGUAAGAUACCACAAUCUGAUGCACCAGAGUCAAGUGAUUAUUCUGAUAUUCUUCCAAUUCCAGAGCAGUAUGUUACGAGUUUUUCUCCCUUUCCAAAUGAGGUAAACUGUAUGGAAAAAACUUUAUUCGCACAACAGUCAACAAUGCUUUCGAAGUCAGACAGUUAUCCUUUUCAAUGCCUACCUAUUUCGGUCAGUAAUAACCAUUCCAAUCUUUCAAAGCCAUCAGCAAUUGUGAAUCCAAUUAUUCUACCUCUUCAUCAGCAACCUCAACCUUUACUUCCUUUAAAUAGUCUUCAUCAACAGGUUAUGACUCGAUCUGAGCCAGUGACAUCUGUACACACUCCACGUCAACAAUUCGUGACUCGAUCUCAGCAAGUGCCACCUUUAAAUAUCCCAUAUCUACAGGUCAUAACUCAGCCUAAGCCACUGAUAUCUUUAAAUACCUCACAUCAGCAAACCAAAACCGGACCACAAUCCUGUAUAAAUACAAUUCGACAACAAAUCACAACCUGUUCUCAAACAACCUCUUCUGUAGAUACUCUUGUCGACCAAAAGGUGAAACCCCAACCUCAACCAUUAUUUUCUGUAAAUAGUCUUCAACAACAGGCUAUGGUGCAGCCACAUGUGGUGCCUACCUUGAAUUUACAUCAACAGCCAAUCAUGCUUGUUCCAGAAAAACCCCAUCAACCAUUGCCAGAAGUAUUAGCAUCCACAGAAACUCUUGAACUUAGUAACAACAAAGAAGGAAAAUCAACAGUUACUUUUGCUCAUUCUUCACAACAAAAUCUACGACAUAUUCGGGAUUUGUCACGAAGAGAUGAUUCACGUCGAUUUCACUGUAGCCAGCUUUCCACUCAAGAAGUUCUUCCCAUUGAAAGUUUUUUAGAUUCUGAGAAACCUUUAUCUCCACAACUGUCAAGCACAACAGACUUCUCCAAAUUUGGCAUUUCCUUAACUAUAGAUAAAAAUAAGACUCAUGCAGUGAACUAAAAAUAGCAGGCUUCAGAGUUAACCAAGCUCGAACUGACUUGCAAUUUAUUUCAAACUGGUUGCUCUACCAUCUGUUCAAAGACUUCCUGGUAACAUUUGGAUAAAUUCCAACAUUUCAAUGUGAAAAUGAUGGUAAUUUUUAUUGUUUAUGAGUAAUUACAAUGUGUUGAAUGAAUUUAUUAAUUCAUUUAUAAGAAUAUUAAAGUAAUUUAUCAUUUUGAAUUUUUUUUAAUAUAUAAGUAACAAAAUGCAAAAUUGUAACACCAAUUGUAUUCCAGCUAUCAAAGAACUAUAUACAAAUAGAAAUGUAGUUCAAAAUGCUGUAUGUAUUAUUGUGAUAACAGAGGUUUUAAAAAAUGUAAUAAUAACAAAUGAAUUUUAAAAGAAAAUAUUUAUAAUUCUCAGGGAAUUUUUUCUAGGUUUUACAGUUUAUGCGGA